AUGAUGGCGACAGACGCCCUGCCUGUUGAUCCAGGCAAGGCACAGGUCGUGGACCGGGUGCCCAAGGUUAUUAAAGAAAUCAACUUUGGUGUUCUUUCAAAUCAAGACAUCAUUAGCCAGGCGCACGUUGAAGUAUCGGACAGAAAGCUUUUCGACCUAGAUAAUAACCGCGCGGUAGCUCGCAAUGGCCCCAUGGACCCUCGACUCGGUAUAUCCAACAAAUCGGAUACCUGCGAAACAUGUGGAGGUGAUUUACAAGAAUGCAAUGGACAUUUCGGAUACGUUAGACUAGUUCUGCCUGCUUUCCAUGUCGGGUAUUUCAAGCGCACUAUCGAGAUAUUACAGGACAUUUGCAAGGACUGUUCGAAAAUCUUGCUACCGGAAGACGAGAGACGAUCGUUUUUGAAGGAGCUGCGACGGCCGGGGCUGGAUAACUUGAGGCGCAUGCAGAUAAAUAAGCGCAUCAACGUCAGAUGUCGAAAGACGCCUAUAUGCUAUUACUGCAAUGCGAUCAACGGUACCGUUAAGAAAGCCAGCACUGGCGCGCUAAAGAUCGUACACGACAAGUUCCGAGCGUUCAAUGCAUCGCUAUCCGCCAAAAAAAUACCUCCUCCAAGCAAGCUUGCGUUCGACCGAUCCUUUGAGGAAGCGAAAAAAUCCAACCCAGACAUCGAGAAACAUUAUAGACGGGUAUUCGACGACCUCAACCCGCUUCGAGUAGUGAAGCUUUUCCGUCGAAUUUCCAACGAGGACUGCGAGUUGCUUAGUUUGAAUGUAGACGAGGCACGGCCGGAAUACUUUCUUUGGCAGUUUAUACCGGCCCCGCCCGUUCCUAUUCGACCGUCUGUGGGCCAGGAGGGAGCCAGUACCGAAGAUGACCUUACCGCGAAGCUAGGAGAUAUCGUCCAGAGUAACCUGAAUCUAAAAAUGGCUUUGGAUAAGGGCGCUCCUGUUCAGACGAUUAUCGAAUGCUGGGAUUACAUGCAGCUGCAGAUAGCGGUGUAUAUCAACAGUGAUAUUCCCGGAUUACAAAAUACGGAUUCUAAAAAGACCAUUCGAGGACUCUGUCAGAGGUUGAAAGGGAAACAGGGGAGAUUCCGAGGAAAUUUGUCCGGAAAACGUGUUGACUUUUCAGGGCGAACGGUUAUUUCACCAGACCCUAACCUGCGGAUCGACGAGGUUGCUGUUCCACAGCUUGUUGCGAUGAACAUGACGUACCCAGAGAGGGUAACGAGAUACAACAAGGAAAAACUACGAAAAUGUGUUCGAAACGGCACCAAGACCUGGCCUGGGGCAAACUACCUGAUAAAAGAAGGCAACUCGUUCAGAGUCUUCUUGAAAUACGGCAACCUUAACUUGAUAGCAAACCAGCUUAGAGAAGGAGAUGUUGUCGAACGGCAUUUAGAAGACGGAGACAUCGUUCUCUUUAAUCGGCAACCGUCCCUUCACAAACUCAGUAUUCUCUCUCAUUUCGUCAAGGUCAGGCCUCACAGGACAUUCCGGUUGAAUGAGUGUGUUUGCAACCCGUACAAUGCAGAUUUCGACGGUGAUGAAAUGAACUUGCAUGUUCCUCAGACAGAAGAAGCGAGGGCAGAAGCAAUGGAACUUAUGGGAGUUAAGAAUAACUUGGCCACACCAAAAAACGGAGAGCCUAUUAUUGCUGCUAUCCAGGAUUUCAUUACCGCGGCUUACCUGCUAAGCAGUAAGGAUAACUUUUUUGAUCGAAAAUCUUUUACCCAGAUAUGUCUCUCUAUGCUUGAUACUAGUACCCGACUAGACCUGCCAUCACCAGCAGUACUUAAGCCACAGAUGCUCUGGACCGGCAAGCAAGUGUUCAGUGUUCUGAUGCGGCCAAAUAAAGACAGCCCCGUCAAAGUCAAUCUCGAUGCAGCCUGUCGUCAAUUCAAGCGUGUCAAGGACCAGCCCAGGGAUCUAUGCGAGAACGAUGGAUGGCUCUGUAUCCGCAAUUCCGAAAUGUUAUGCGGUGUUGCAGAUAAAUCAACAAUCGGAGCUGGCAAGAAAGAUAACAUUUUCUUCGUCAUUCAAAGAGAUUUCGGCCACGCUGCAGCGGCGGAAGCGAUGAAUAGGUUAUCCAAACUUUCUGCUAGGUGGCUAACGAAUAAAGGAUUCUCCAUUGGUAUUACAGACGUGUAUCCCGGAACUGGGCUCGUUAACCUAAAGGACACACUGAUCGAUACUGCAUUCAAGCAAUGUGACGACCUCGUUAUCGAGGCCAGUAAGGAGAAACCUCAAAAGGGAAAAUCAGACAGUCGCCAAACGGCGGAGAACUCAAUCACCGGUAUCCUUAACAAAGUCCGUCAGCAAGCUGGUGAAUACUGUAUUUCUGAACUCAGCAAGCAUAACGCACCCCUUAUCAUGGCAACAUGCGGUUCCAAGGGAUCCAACAUCAACGUGUCUCAGAUGGUAGCUGUCGUCGGACAGCAAUCUAUUGAGAAUGCCCGUGUUUCCAAAGGUUUCCAGGAUCGAACUCUCCCGCAUUUCCCUCGACAUUCUCAGCGCCCUCUCGCAAAGGGAUUUGUACGAAAUAGUUUCUUCUCCGGGCUUACCCCUACGGAGUUCCUGUUCCACGCCAUGUCUGGUCGAGAAGGUCUAAUUGAUACUGCCGUCAAGACAGCAGAGACUGGUUACAUGUCACGACGACUUAUGAAAUCUCUCGAGGAUUUGUCGACACGAUAUGAUAACACCGUUCGAGAUUCGUCUUCCUUUGUCAUCCAGUUCCAGUACGGAGACGACCAGCUUGAUCCUGUCGAUAUGGAAGCCUCAGCUAAACCUGUCCAUUUCGAACGUACUUUUACCCACGCCGAGAGUACUACGUACGACAGGAAUGAUAGGGGUCUUUUGCCAGACGAGAUAAUUGCUCAAUGCGAGAAGAUGUUGGCUCCCGAGCGCAAGAAGUUGGCUCGAUUUGAUUUGCUCGGAAAUUCUCUACCAUAUGCCGCUGAGAACGAUUACGCUACUGACCAAUGGGAAAGUAACCGUGACUUCUUAAGUUCAAUCGAAGAGUUCGUCGCAGCGAAAGCUGAGCAGCUUAGGCCUGUGGAUGGGGAUAAGAGCAAGGGACAAAUGGCGCUGACUCACACGGGAAAGCUUUCCGCAAGGACUCUCAGCGCUUUCAUUACCUCAUGUUUGGAUAAAUAUAUGCGCGCUCACGUUGAACCUGGUCACAGCAUAGGAGCCAUUGGCGCGCAGUCCAUUGGUGAACCCGGUACACAGAUGACACUGAAAACUUUCCAUUUCGCUGGUGUUGCUGGUAUGAGUAUUACUCAGGGUGUACCGCGAAUCAAGGAAAUUAUCAACGCCUCGAAAGAGAUUAGUACGCCAAUUAUCACUUGUGAACUUGUCAAUAAAACGGACAUGCGUGCCGCUGAGAUCGUCAAGGGCCGUGUUGAGAAACUCUUCCUUAAGGAUAUUGUGUUCUACAUUGAAGAAAUUCGGUCUCAGUCGGCCUCAUUUAUCAAUAUCAAGGUUGAUUUCUCAACGAUUGAAAAACUACAGCUCGAGAUCACCUUGCGGAAUAUUCUGGCCGCCAUCAAGAAGCACAAGGCGUUCAAAGCUGGCGAUCUGAGGUUCCAGACUUUCCACUCGCAUAUCCACAUAUAUGUUGAUGAUGGUGCCUCUAUGGCAGGUGUCUCCGUCUCCGAGCAGAAGAUAACGGGCUCGGACCCGUAUAUCCGCAUUAACUACCUGAGACGAAUCCUUCCAAAUAUUCAGGUUUUCGGUUACCCGGAUUGUUCCCGAGCCGUUAUCCGUGUCGGAGAAAAGGUUGCCACCAACAUUCUUCUGGUCGAAGGAUAUGGCCUUCGAGCUUGCAUGACCACAGAUGGAAUUGAAGGUUACCGCACUCGCACUAACCACGUCAUGGAAAUGCGAGACGUCCUCGGCAUCGAAGCCGCACGGACGACCAUCAUCGACGAAAUCAGCGCAGUCAUGUCUGGCAUGGCAAUUGAUCCGCGACACAUGCAGCUUCUUGCAGACGUCAUGACGUAUAAAGGCGAGGUACUAGGAAUCACACGUUUCGGUCUUGCUAAGAUCCGCGACUCAGUUCUUCAGCUGGCCAGUUUCGAGAAGACAGCAGACCAUCUCUUCGAUGCCGGUGGUGCUGGUAGACGCGAUGCUGUCCAGGGUGUCUCGGAGUGUAUUAUUAUGGGGAAGACGAUAUCACUGGGUACAGGCAGUAUGGAAGUCAUUCGAGACCUGAAGCUUCUAGACAGCCACGUCGGUAAGAAGAAGACCGUGUUCGAUGACGCAUGGAAGGAUAUCUAUGGCAACUACUGUGGCAAGCACGCAGUUUCAGAUGGAUUGGCAAACAUCUAA